AGAUAAAAGAAUGUUUUAUAUAUAUCUAAUAAUUCUAUUUAACCCGAAAUCCUCAAUAUCCUCCGUGAUAUAAACAACUACCGAUUGAUCAAUCGAUAGAUAUAUAUAUAUAUAUCUACUGAUCAAUCAAAUACUGUACUAUUAACACUAACUACUAGUAGUUACAGCAAAACAAUGGCAGAUCAGAAGAAGAACAAAGAGCCAGUGUGCGUAACAGGAGCGAAUGGCUUCAUCGGCUCGUGGGUGGUCCAGACCCUCCUGGAGCAGGGUUACACCACCAUCCACGUCUCCGUCUUCCCGGGCUCGGACGCCUCCCACUUCUUCGCCCUCCCCGGCGCUUCCGCCGCCGGCGUUAAACUGGUGGUUCACGAGGCCGACAUUCUCGACGCCAAGGCGGUGGCCAGGGCCGUGGAAGACUGCGCCGGCGGCGGCGUGUUCCACGUGGCGUCACCGUGCACCCUCGAGGACCCGGUGGAUCCGCAGGCCGAACUGAUUGCCCCCGCCGUUCAGGGCACCCUCAACGUCCUCGCCGCUGCCAAGACGGUCGGCGUGAGGCGCGUGGUGGUCACUUCGUCUAUCUCUGCUCUGGUGCCGAACCCUAGUUGGCCACGCGACACAGUCUUCAACGAGUCGUCAUGGACCGACCUUGAUUACUGCAAAUCUCGACAGAAAUGGUACCCGGUGUCAAAGACACUAGCGGAAAAAGCCACUUGGGACUUUGUAGAGAAGCACGGAUUGGAUGUUGUGACGAUCCAUCCAGCCACAUGUCUUGGUCCGCUUUUGCAGCCUAGUUUGAAUGCGAGCUGUGCUGUGCUAAAACAGCUGCUCCAGGGAUCGCAAGAUACACAGGAAUAUCACUGGCUCGGGGCUGUGCAUGUCAAAGAUGUGGCAAAGGCACAAGUGUUGCUAUUCGAGACUCCUGCUGCUUCUGGUAGACAUCUUUGCACCAAUGGUAUCUAUCAGUUUGGUGAUUUUGCUGAGAAAGUCUCCAAACUCUUCCCUGAAUUUCCCGUUCACAGGUUUACAGGGGAAACACAACCAGGUUUGAAGGCGUGCAAAGAUGCUGCAAAGAAGUUGAUCGAUCUGGGAUUAGUCUUUACACCGGUUGAAGAUGCUGUUCGGGAUACAGUGCAGAGCCUCAGAGCAAAAGGCUUCUUGGAACAAGGGAACUGACCGUCUUAAAUUGUUUUGAAGUUAAGAGUUCCCACAAUAUAUAUAUAUAUAUAUAUAUAGUUAAUUUAGAAAAGAAAUGACCGCAAUAAAAUUACAAGGCCAUUAUCCAGUGUUUAUCAUUGAACCAAGCUAUAUCUCUUAUGAGUAUAAUAAAUUAUUUCUUGGUGGUUUGGUCAGUUCAUUUUCACUUAAUUUGUGGUUCCCAAAAUAGCUUGAAGGUUUGUGUUGAAUAUCCGUUUUUCUCAUUGGAGGAAGAAAGUUUUCUAUUUUAUCAUACCAUUGUGGUACUUCUUUUUACUUCUGAUUCUUAGUGAAUUGUUAAUGGAAAUCUAUUAUGUCUUUUAAGAA